UUUUGUUUUUGUCGCUCUCCCUCUGUAAUAACUCCUAUAGCUGUAACUAUUUUAUGUAUUUUUAUAAUAUUGUUAUUUCAUGCAUUGAUAAGAUAACACACACACACAGGUACGCAAGCUCACAUUCAUUAGGUUAUUAACAAAGCCGAAUGUUUUUGUUUUUUUUUUUUGUGUAUGUGAAAAAAUAUGAUUAGUUGUCGUUCGGUUUUGAAGCCGGCAAGUUCUACCGACGAACACAGACAGUGGGAAAUUGCACAAUUCCAAACGAAAAGUGAAAGAGAGUGAGAGAGCACACAAAAAUGCCGUCGCUUACCGGCAAAUUGCUGUUGCUCUAUUUCUACCUAUUAUGCUUGGCUCUGGCGGCUUCCAUAACAUUAGAUGAGCAAUGCCAGCAUGCAAUUGACAGCUGCGAUCGGUGCCUUAACACGCACCUUAAUUGUGCCUGGUGCACGGAUAAAACCUAUGAGAUACGCUCGCGCUGUCUGUCGCGCGAAACUCUGCUCAGUCUGAACUGCAGCGAGGCGAAUAUCUAUGAGAAUCAGCCACAACUGGAACUGCUGCAGCAGCGCCCACUCAAGGAUUAUGAAACGCGCGACGAACAGGCGGUGCAAGUAAAUCCGCAGCGCGUCUUUCUUAAAUUAGUCAAAGGCAACACGCAACGCAUCAAGCUGAGCUAUCGAGCGGCACGCAACAAUCCGCUCGACCUGUACGUGCUGAUGGAUCUCACCUGGACGAUGCGCGACGAUAAGGAUACGCUGGAGGAGCUGGGCGCCGAGCUAACCCAAACGCUGCACAAUCUAACGGAUAACUAUCGCCUGGGCUUUGGCUCCUUUGCGGAUAAGCCGGCCAUGCCUAUGAUAAUGCCACAGCUGCGGGAUAAUCCGUGUGCCGCGGAGCGGGAAAGCUGCGAGCCCACCUACGGCUAUCGGCACCAUCUGAAGCUCACGGAGAAUGUCAAGGCAUUCACAGCUGCCGUCGCAGCCAGUAAGAUUACAGGGAAUCUGGACAAUCUGGAGGGCGGCCUGGAUGCCCUCAUGCAGGUGAUUGUCUGCCCCGAGGCAAUCGGCUGGAAGCAACAGGCGCGCAAAGUCGUCAUCCUGGUCACCGAUGGCUUCAUGCACUUCGCUGGCGAUGGCCUCCUGGCGGGCAUUGCGCAGCGCAACGAUCGCAAAUGCCAUCUGAAUGAGGCGGGCGAGUACACGGGCUCACUGAUCUAUGACUAUCCCUCGCUCGAGGAGAUCUACCGGGAGCUGCUGAGACGCAAGAUCAAUGUCAUCUUUGCCGUUACCGAGGAGGUGUUUGGCACCUAUAAGGAGCUCAGCGGACUGAUGCAGGAGAUUAGCAAUGUCGAAAUACUGAGCGCCGAUUCAUCCAAUAUCUUGGAGUUAAUCAAGAAGAGUUAUGAGAGCUUUCUAAAGCGCACUCAAUUCGGAGACAACAGUCCGGACUUUAUAAAAAUGCAAUACUUUACGGAUUGCGCUGGACAAUUUCCCAAUUUGCGUCAGCGCAAUUACUGCAACAAUGUGAAUUCGGGCAAGGAAAUAGAGUUUUUUGUCGACGUAACGCUCACAGAUUAUCCAGAGAAUGGCGCAUUGAAUCACAAGAUACGCGUGGAGGAGGCGUCGCUCAACGAGUACAUGGACAUCGAUGUGGAGCUGCAGCGUCCAUGCCCGUGUGUGGAGCAAACUGAGCCGGAUGAUGAGUACGCGCGAUUCCAGUGUGACAAUCAGGGCUACUUGAACUGUGGCAUGUGCGUGUGCGAUGAGGGCUGGGCGGGCACCUUUUGCAAUUGUCCGACGGAUCCAUCCAAUGCGACAACGAACGAGGCGCUGUUAAGGACCUGUCGUCAGCCGCUGGAUAAGAAGGGCGAGAGCUUGUCCAGCGACGUCUGUUCGAAUCAUGGCGAAUGCGAAUGUGGCAGCUGCAUCUGUGAUCCCGGCUAUAUGGGCAACUUUUGUGAGUGCCUCGAGUGCAUCGACUGCGAUGAGGACCGCGCCGAGUGCUAUUGCGGUCAAUGUGUCUGCAAAUACGGCUGGUCGGGCACGCAGUGCAACUGCAAGGAGUCCACAGAUGAGUGCACUGGACCGACCGGGGAGAUCUGCUCUGAUCGUGGCACCUGCGAGUGCGGUGCAUGCAACUGCCAGGAGCCGUAUCUGGGCGUCUUCUGUGAGAUCGAUACAGAGACCGACAACAAGCUGUGCCAGUUCUACGAACCCUGUGUCACCUGCCUCAUAGCCCAGAAGCAGCGCAUCGGCGGCUGCGAGAAUGUCAACGAGAUCUGCUUCAGCGCCCAGUACAAUGAGCGCUUCACCCAUCUCUUUGUCAAUGAGCUGGAAGCGGAGACCGUUUGCCUAGUGCGCAUUGUCAACCAGCAUGGCAUUCAGUGUGACAGCUACUUCAACUAUCAAGUGAUCGAUCGUGCCAACUAUCUGGCCAUACAGGCCAAUGACUGUGAGCCCCUUAACAUGUACGCCAUGUUUGGCUAUAUAUCGUUGAUAACUGUGAUAUUGGGUCUGAUCAUCAUUGGCCUGAUCUGGUGGUGUCUGCGCAUGAAAGACGCUCGCGAGGUUGCACGCUUCCAAAAGCAGCUGGCGGAUAAUGUGCGCCAGGAAAAUCCCAUUUACAGAAAUCCCAAAACCUAUUACGAAGUGCCCAAGGCCUUGAGCGCUAAUUUCACUGAGAAUCCAUUUGCCAAUUAGCAUGGAUCAGUCAACAAUAAUAGUUGUAUUAAACUAGUAUUAAGCUACAGGAGCUAGAUUAAGAUUAAGGCCAACAAGUGCCAAAGCGUCAGACACUGAGCAAGAUAAGCUUAAACUUCUACAUUAGCUUAAUAUAUAUUGUCCAUAAUAUAUUCCAGGUCUAUUUACAGA